ACUUUAAAUACAAAAGAAAACAAUAUUACUUUCUUUGUAGAUAUGGGAUCAUCAACUUUUAGUAAGCCAUGGAGGCCUUUUCCAGAGAAUAAUGAGAAUAUCCUGAAAUUUUUGAAAUCAUAUAAACCUCAAAAUCAGGAAGCAAAUCAUCUCAGAAUUUUGUUUUUUGGACCAGUUGGUGCAGGAAAAUCAAGCUUCAUCAACUCUGUUGACAGUGUUUUACAAAGUAGAGUUACUGGUCGAGAUUUGACUGAUACGAUCUCUGGAACCAGUUUCACUCGGAAGUACAAAAGUUACAAAUUCUCCAAAGGCAGUCAAGGUCAUUACUCAUUUGUUUGCAACGACAUCAUGGGCAUGGAGCAAAAUGAUAGUGGCGUUCAUGUGGACGACGUCAAACUUGCCCUGAGGGGACAUGUUACAGAAGGUUACAAGUUCAUUCCACAACAACAACUGAGAGAGGGCGAUCUGGGAUACCGCUCAUGUCCCAGCCUGAAUGACAGAGUUCAUGUUCUGGUCACUGUUGUUCCUGCUGGCUCAGUGUCUCUACUAAGUGAAGAAGUUGUGAAAAAGCUGAGAGAUAUCAGACUGACAGCCAGUGAAAUGGACAUUCCCCAGCUGGCUAUUCUCACCAAAGUUGAUGAAGCCUGUCCUGCGGCGGAACAGGAUCCCAAAAACAUCUACAAGAGCAAGUACCUGAAAGAACAGGUCGACAAAUUUAGCCAGCUGCUGGGACUCCCAGUGAACUGCAUCUUUCUUGUAAAGAACUACAGUUCAGAAAUCAGCAUCGAUGACGCCACUGAUGCUCAUAUCCUGUGUGCACUGAAGCAAAUGAUUGUCUAUGGAGACGACUUCCUCAACCACUUGAAUGACUAGAUGUGAGACUGAACGCAGUACUGACUAAAAUAUAAAUCAUGUCUUGUUAUGUUAAUUGACUGAAAACUGCAUGAAUAACUUAGGAUAAAGUACUUAGGAUAAAGACAUGUGGUUGGAUUUGAAGCAUUCAUUUUUGAAAAAAGGAAGUUCUUGAAUGCCUGUCUCCAGACUUUAUUUUUUUUAUCAGUAUUUGUCAGCUGACACACAGUCAUGCUGUCAUACUGUUAACAUUGUCUGUAUUAAAUGUAACAACUAUAAUGACAACCAAAAAAUAAAAAUGAUAUUGACU